AGAGUUAGGCGUACUUCCGGUUGCACUCUUUCCGAGUGACGGCGCCAUGAAGGACACGCUGGGGAAACUACGUCUCCCGCUGGGAUAGGGAAGUAAUUGAAUGAGCUUUUCUCAUUCCUACUCCUUUUUUGGCCUACUGCGUUGAAACGAAGGAGAAUCAUAUGUGCUACUUGUUGUGUUUCAUUUUGAAAAUUCGAACUAGAGUUAGACGUACUUCCGGUUGCAGUCGUGCUGAGUGACGUCACAAGAGCUUGGAACAAGUUGCCUUUCAAAUGGUUUUGCUGCUGAACAUAUAAACAAAACGAGUUCGCGCUUUUUUGGUUGUACUUGCUAUUUAUAUUAACUAUUUUACGCUUCAACAAAUACAAACUUCGUCGUUGCUCAUCGACGUUUACGAUGAUGAUGCAAUGUUUUUAACUUGACACUUUGUGAUGAGAUCGUCAAGAAUAAUUUAGGAUGACCGCGGUGAAUUUGUCAUUCGCUGCAUGUGGUUUUCUGGGCAUCUACCACCUGGGAGCUGUGGAAGCCUUCCUCCGCCAUGGCGACAAGCUGCUGGCCUCCCUCAGAACCUGUGCAGGGACCUCAUCUGGGGCUCUGGUAGCUGCUGUUAUGCUCACAGCUCCUGACAAAGUCAAGCACUGCAAAGACUUUACGUAUAAAUUAGCUACUAAUGUGAGACAACAGAGAUUUGGGGCAGUCACCCCUGGAUACAAUGUCUUGCUCAAGCUGCGGGAAGGGAUUGAAGAGAUGCUUCCUGCUGAUGCCCACAUUCUGGCAUCUGAUCGCCUCCAUGUCUCAUUGACGCAUUUCAAAAGCGGGAAGAACCACAUUGUGUCCGAGUUUAAGUCCAGAGAAGACCUCAUCAAGGCUCUCCUGGCUAGCAGUUUUGUGCCAAUCUAUGCUGGAUUCCAACCGGUGGACUUCCGAGGACAGAAGUGGAUUGAUGGCGGGUUCACCGACAGCCUUCCAAUUCUGCCUGUGGGUCGAACCAUCACUGUGUCCCCGUUCGCUGGGCAGCAGAACGUGUGUCCUUUGCAUAAGGGCAGUGAGUUUAAGACUCAACUUAGUUUGGCCAAUAUGAACAUAAAUUUAUCAGUGGAAAACAUCAAACGUCUGAACCAGGCUUUGUUCCCGCCAACAACCUGCCGCAUGCAGUCCCUCUGUCAGGAAGGUUUUGAUGAUGCCAUGAGGUUCCUCAAUCGGGAGGGUUGGAUAAGCUCGAGGAUUUAAUGAAAUAGGUUUUCACAUUCAAUAACUGUGGAGGUUCUAGACCAGGGAUUGGCAACUCGCAGCUCCUUGAUCUGGCUCCCUUCAAAAUAUUUUUUGAAACUCCGGAUUGAGCAAAAAAUGCAUUUUUGAAAAGAGUUCUUUAAAUUCUGACCCUUUUAGCACAUGAUUGUGUCCUGACUGGGGGGCAGGAGGAUUGUGUGAGUGCAAGAAAAAAGAAGCAAAAUCUUGGAAGCACACAGUGUAAUUCUACAUGGACCUUUGCCUGUAAAAUAAAUAAAACAUGCUUAA